UAGUAACUAUAGUAACUAUAGUCAUGUACACAAGAGCUUCCCGUCGACUUUAUCAAGUAUUCAUAUCGCAGAGUUUUUUGCGCCGCAAUUCUUGUGCGUUGAUAGAACCGAAUUAUCGGCGAUUUGUGGAAGUCUUAUCUGAUCGUUCAUCAGAAUCAGGCAGAUUGACACGAAGUUUACACUCAUCUAAUUGGCCUUAUCGAGAAGCAGAUACUGUAAUUAAAUGUGAAAACACAAAAAUGGCACUUAACGUAGACUACAAGCAGCUCCUAGAGGCUCAAAAGGACGAUGACGUUCUAAUCGUCGAUGUUCGGGAACAUGCGGAGAUAAACGAGACUGGAAAAUUACCUGGAAGCAUUCAUAUACCAAUGGACAAUGUUCGACAAAUAUUCCUAAAUCUUUCGGAAGAGGAGUUUGAGGAACGCUAUAGCAGACCUAAACCCAGUAAAGACACAAAAAUUAUAUUCAGCUGCCGGUCUGGUAAAAGAAGUGGGGCAGUGCAGGAAGCUAUGCAAAAAUUAGGAUAUACAAGGGCAUAUAAUUACACCGGAGGUUGGCUGGAUUGGGAAAGCAAGAGUAAAAGUUAAUAAAUAAAUAAAAAAGGAGAUAGUUGUUAAAUAUAUUAUAAAAAUUUUCACUGUUAAACUUAUUUCAAAAUCACACUGCAAUUAUUCUGUGUUCUAUUUCUGUAAGUAAUAAAAAAAAUUAAAGAUAAAUAUUUAUAUCAAUCUA